AUGGAAGCGACGACAUCAAGUGGGGCCGGUGGUGGGGCAGCCAACAGUACCGAGCUGAUGAUUGCGCUGUCGCAGAUCCAGCAGCUGAUUCCGCUCCUGGAGCACCGGCCCGGUGGGCUCGUGCAUCUUCUCUCGAGCCUGCUCAUCCCGCUUUGCGCCGAGGGGGGUCCGGAGGCUAUGCAGCGGUAUCGAGCCAAUGUGGACCAUGCAUUUCGUGUCUCUGCCGAGCUGGUGGCGCGAACCCAAGGCGGACCGGUGGGGACAGCGUUGGAGCUGGCGGAAAAGUUGAUGCACGACGGCGAGAGUAAGAGGUUGCUACGGGUGCGUAGGAAGAGGAGACUGUUUACGGAACAGGAAAAGCUGCUCGAUGGUAGCGGUCCGCCGAUUCCGCAAUCCCAGCCUCAAGCUGCAGAAGCAAAGCAAGAUGCAGAAGCGCGCGUCUUGCCUGUGCUGCCUUUGACAUCGGCGCAGCAAGGUCUGGCUUGGCCUACGUCGGCAGACGCCGUACAGCAGUACCUCCGCGCGCUGCAUGGGUACCUCGAAGAGGCGUUCAAGGAGAAGGGGCGCGACGGGGCGCUCAAACACGUCAAGGCACGCGUGGCGAGCUUCAGUCAGGCUGGGUUCGAAGUCGAGGUGCAAGUCAGCCCCAUCCUCAAGGCGAGGAUAGAGGUGACCGUGGCAGAAUCGAACAUCGACAUUGCCUCGCUUGCUGUUGGUGCGAUGACCGAAUCGAUCACCUCGACGAUGCCAUCUGCAUUCCCCAUCUUUCGCGCGCUGUCGAGCGACGUACUCACACGCACCAAGCGCGCCCAGCGCGCCCCCGCAUCCGCGCACGCGACAGUGUGGUCCGCCUACACAGGUGUCACUGAAACCAUGGCGCGGCUCAUCCUUUCAGCGGCGCAGUUUCAGACCCAGUGA